CAUAUUAUUGUACGGGACAGUCGCAUUCCACACUCACACUGAAUAUUAACACGUUGAAACUGCUGCCACAAAAUAAAAUCUACACUUUUCUACUCACAUUUUUUACUCAGAAAUAUUUCGCACAAAUUUCCUAAAAUGACUGAUCGCCAAGUGAACACUGAUUUCAACCGCGUCGCGUCUUUACUCGGCUGCAGCGUCUGUCUCGACAUGUGCGCCUCAGGACGAGUUCUCCAGUGCAAGAACGGCCACAAUAUUUGUGGCGUCCACAUCGCCCAGCUUGCGUCAUGUCCCGUGUGCCGGGAUCGCUACGUGGGCGGCCCGUCCCGUAACUUGGUGGCUGAAGCGAUGGUCGCGAUCCACCGCGGCGUCGGAGUUGAAGAUGCCGGAGGACAUGGUGCAGAGUUGCCAAAUCGGAAUCCAGACGAAGGCAGGAUUUGGGGGGCCGCUGACCAUUUUGCAGGGGCGGAUCUAGACGAUGACGAGAGUCCGAUGCAGUCAAACGAGGAGGAUGACUUCCACCAGGAGGAAGAUGGCGCUCAGAAAAAUAAUUUCCCCAUUGGCGAGAUGAACCUCCAGGAUGAGAUCCAGAAUGUGGUCCUCGAUGUCUUGGCAGGUGUCAACUUUGACAUUUCUGUCAUCAUGGGAAACGUAAAUGAUGAAAUUCAGAAUGCGUUGCGGGGUAUUUUGUAAAUUUAUAGGGUCAAAAUAAGCAAUUUUAAUUUUAGAGAAAUGUCACAAAUAUUGUUUUUCGUUUCUACUUCAAAUAUUCGGACAAUGAUGUGACUACAAUUUAAGUAAUUUGGAGAAAUUUGGAUUAAUAAAAGUGGAUAGAAAAGCAAGAA